GGCGGCAGGGGCGGCGGCGGCGGCAGCAGCAGCAGCAGCAGCAGCAGCAGCAGCAGCAGCUCUCGGGUUGCGGUGAAGAAUGUCAGCCACUAGCGUGGAUCAGAGACCUAAAGGGCAAGGAAAUAAAGGUGGGAAAACAUGAUGCACAGAUCUGUUGACUUUCCUAACUUGAUGUAGUCAGACCAGAGCAAAGAAUCACCUGGCUCCUAAGGCCCAUGUUCUAUCUUGAUUUGACUCUGCUUCAUAGAGCAGAGGAAACAGGCGAAGACUCAUUUUCAGUACAAAACGGUUCGAUUCAUCAAAAAGAUGCUGUAAAUGAUGAUGAUUUUGAGCCAUACUUAAGUAGCCAGACAAAUCAGGGGCUUAGAAGAAUGAUUAUUUGGCAUUCCACAGAGGUGCUUCAGAGUAACAGCUAUCCGCCAAUGUCAGAUCCAUACAUGCCUAGUUACUAUGCUGCAUCCAUUGGAUUUCCAUAUUCUCUUGGGGAAGCAGCAUGGUCCACGGCUGGAGACCAACCUAUGCCAUAUCUGACAACCUAUGGACAAAUGAGUAAUGGAGAACAUCAUUAUAUACCAGAUGGUGUGUUUGGUCAACCUGGGGCAUUAGGAAAUACCCCUCCAUUUCUUGGUCAGCAUGGAUUUAACUUUUUUCCUGGUAAUGCUGAUUUCUCUACAUGGGGGACAAGUGGAUCUCAGGGACAAUCAACACAAAGUUCUGCUUAUAGUAGCAAUUAUGGCUAUCCACCUAGUUCUCUUGGGAGAGCUAUUACUGAUGGACAGGCUGGAUUUGGCAGUGAUACUUUGAGUAAGGUGCCCGGCAUUAGCAGUAUUGAGCAAGGCAUGACCGGACUGAAAAUUGGUGGUGACCUGACAGCUGCAGUGACAAAAACUGUAGGUACAGCCUUGAGCAGCAGUGGUAUGACGAGCAUUGCCACCAAUAGUGUGCCCCCAGUUAGCAGUGCAGCACCUAAACCAACCUCCUGGGCUGCCAUUGCCAGAAAGCCCGCCAAACCUCAGCCGAAACUUAAACCCAAGGGCAAUGUUGGAAUUGGGGGUUCUGCUGUGCCACCACCUCCUAUAAAACACAACAUGAAUAUUGGAACUUGGGACGAAAAGGGGUCUGUGGUAAAGGCUCCACCAACCCAACCAGUUCUGCCUCCUCAAACUAUAAUCCAGCAGCCUCAGCCAUUAAUUCAACCACCACCAUUGGUGCAAAGCCAACUGCCUCAACAGCAGCCUCAGCCACCACAACCACAGCAGCAACAAGGACCUCAGCCACAGGCCCAGCCUCACCAAGUGCAGCCCCAACAGCAACAGCUGCAAAACCGCUGGGUAGCGCCUCGGAACAGGGGAGCUGGCUUCAACCAGAACAAUGGAGCAGGCGGUGAAAACUUUGGUUUAGGUGUCGUUCCUGUAAGCGCUUCACCUUCUAGUGUGGAAGUGCAUCCAGUGCUGGAAAAGCUAAAGGCCAUAAACAACUAUAAUCCCAAAGACUUUGACUGGAACCUGAAGAAUGGACGCGUGUUUAUAAUUAAGAGCUAUUCUGAGGAUGACAUUCACCGUUCCAUUAAGUACUCUAUCUGGUGUAGUACUGAGCAUGGUAACAAGCGUUUGGAUGCAGCUUACCGUUCCUUGAAUGGGAAAGGCCCACUCUAUUUACUCUUCAGUGUGAAUGGCAGUGGACAUUUUUGUGGAGUGGCUGAAAUGAAGUCUGUUGUGGACUAUAAUGCAUAUGCUGGUGUCUGGUCUCAGGAUAAGUGGAAGGGCAAAUUUGAAGUUAAAUGGAUCUUUGUCAAAGAUGUUCCCAAUAAUCAGUUGCGGCAUAUUCGCUUAGAAAAUAAUGACAACAAACCAGUUACCAAUUCAAGGGACACUCAAGAGGUACCCCUAGAAAAAGCUAAGCAAGUGCUUAAAAUAAUUGCUACUUUCAAGCAUACCACCUCAAUCUUUGAUGACUUUGCACAUUAUGAAAAGCGUCAAGAAGAGGAGGAAGCCAUGCGUAGGGGUAACCCUUACUCUGAAUUUGCUUCCUGCCUAUUCUUCAUACUCCUCAGGUGAUAAAGAUCAUUGAGUCGUGUUCAUCAAAGCUCAGAGAGAAAUAGAAACAAACAAUAACUGUAUGAAGAUGUCCUGUUAGAAUUACAACACUAAUGAAGUAGACUCUGGAAAUGCCUAAUAAGUCAAAGAAGACGUUAUUAAAGCUUUUUUUCUGCUUAAGGUGACAUCUUUGAACUCUUUAACACAGAAUUGACUCUUGUAAUGGUUAUCAUCAGCGCAUCUGCCCUUAUACUCUCACCAAACACACUUGAGAACUGUAACUUCGUCAAGCACUUUCUGUCCUGAAGCUUUUACCAGUAUCUGCUGUCUUUUGUAAUUAUGCAUCCUAGCUAAGGCACAGAAGACUGAAUGAAUGCAAGGAUUCAUUAACUCUUUGAAUUUGUUAAAUACUAACAGUUAACCAUUAGAAGUGGUUCAAUGAUGUAAGAGUCACACUGCUUCAACUUUUUCUUUGUUGUAGUUUUUAAAUUGUCGAUUUUUAGCUAUUUGACAGAUUAAAAGCAAAAUAAUCAUGCCACAUUUAGUCCUGGAGUUCAAGUCUAAAUGUUUAUGUGAAAAAUUAUUGUAGUAAACUUUUAAUAUGGCAAAGCAACCUUAAGCUCUAUUUUAGCCAAAUAAAACAUAAUCUGAGAUUAUAUUAGAACAUUUCCCUUGUCUUCAAACUGUUUGGUGUAACAGAAUAUUGAUAUGCAGCUUGGUGGACUUCACCAGUUAAUGCACAUUCUUCUCCCCUCUUUCCCCCAAUAACAUGUAUACUGAAAAAUGUGCAUUUGUCUGAGGAAUUAUUUUAUUUGCUACCACUUAAUGAAUCUCAAAAUUUUGAGUAAAUGUACCUCAGUCUAAUCAGACUUUUUAUGACCUUUAUAACUACAUUUAAAACCCUUAAUUCCUGUUUCUGGGUGUUUGCGAGCCUGAUUGCUAUCAUGAAGUAAAAAUUUAUUACUGUAGGUAUUCACUAGCUAAAUAAACAUAGUUCUUGUUUAGCAAGCAUAUACUGUUCCUCAACUCUUCUCCAGCUUUUGCAGUGUCCUGGCAUCCUUAAAAUACUUUGAAAAUAUGGCCUUGAUCCAUGGAUUAAAUCAGUAAGUGAAUGUGUUGAUGUUUUAUUGAUCAGAUCUAUAUAAAUGGGAAUACAGCAUAUAUCUGGGUAUUCUUAUAGUUAUCUAACAUCUUUUUUUUCAUUAAUUACAUAUCAACAUUAAUUUUGUAUCUUGAAACAAAUUGAUUUUGUAUAAUUGUGUCAAGCGUCUGUAUUAACUGAUUUGAUGGCAUAAGGUUAUGAAGAUAAUGUAUUGCCCCUUAUAUUACUGUUCUAAAAGGAGAAAGCUAUGUAGAAAGAUACGAUAAGGGUGAAAAUAGCAAUACAGUAGAUUUGAAUACCUUGGUGUUUUGCAUUACUCCAUUUAUGUUUACAUCAUGUUUAGAAAUGUUUUCAUUUACAUUUACAUCUUUGGUCACUUCAAUUCAAAAAUUUAGUGACAUUUCUUUGAGGCUUUCAUUUAUAUAAAAUUUUUGUACAAUGUUUUCUUAAAAUGUACAGAUACUGUAUUCAAAUGAAAUAAAAUACAGUAUUUGUAGAUAAUCGUAGCUACUUCACAGGUCUUUGGUAGUCCCGUUGUAGUUAUAUCAGUGUUUACUGAAGGGAACAUUAAAAUAUUAAUGGUAUAUUAUAAAAUAAAAACUUUCUUAAAGGAAAGUUGCACCUGUUUUACCUUUUUAAGAGUAAGCCAUGAAAUCUUGUAACAUGUCUCUUAACUAUUUAUAAUGAAAAUUGGCAUUUGGGUAUAGUAACCACAGAAAUGUUCUACAUCCCUAAGAUUGUGUAGGUAGGACACGUCAAAGAUGACUUGUCAGUCCGAAGGGCCUAUUAGAGAAAAGCGUGAAGGGGUGACCUCGUAGAAAGGAUCUGAGUCCUCGCUGUGAGGUUCUCUUUUUCUUGGUGCUUCAUUAGCAACUCUGAAUAUUUUUAUAAAACUAGUUAUAUUAUAAAUGGAUUGAAACUUUAAUUUGCGUUUGGUUUCUGUGUAAGAAGUAUCACAGAAACACUCAGCAAGCAGGCUGAUUGCGGUAGCGGACUCAGCAAUGUCCAGCGGAGCGGUCUGUCCGUCGUGAGCAGUACAUCCCAGUGCCUUUAACCUGGGUCUCUAAUAUUAAGUGAAAUGGGUGCAGCAUUCCUUUGGAAAUAAAAACUAUCUUUUCAAUCGGUAAUUUUUUUUCUCAUUUAAGUCUUCUUUAGAGCACCUACUUUAUCUUCCUCCUUGGUCUUUCAGUGUAUUGCAAAAUGUUUUUCCUCUAAAUGAAAUUAUCGCAGGUUGUCUCAAUAGCACAACUGUUUCUUAACUGUAGGGACAAAAAGGGAGAGAACCUGUGCUAUAUAGCAGGAGACAUAUAAUCAGAUAUUUGAAUCAUCACAAAGACACCAUUGGCCCAGUAAGUUUCUUGCUUAAUGUUUUUCCAAGAUCUGGUUUGAAUGUUUCUUAUUAAAGUUAUCAUGUGGGUAUUUUAUUUUGAAAGGUAUUAUAGUUUGUAUAUUUAACAGUAAGGGGGAAAAUGUAACCAAAAUUAGUAUUCUUUCUCUAUACAUAUUGGUACUUGAAGAUUCCUUUCAUAAGAAACCCCGGCCUUUUCCUCAUUUCAAUACUUAAUUCCUCAUUUUAACUUAAGUGAUCUUUCUAAUUCAAAAGCUGUGUUCUUUUCGAAUACCAUGCAUGGAGGUUAAGCUGAUGUUAAAGCAGUUUGCAAUAAAAAAAAAGAAUCAGCUUAAGUCAUUUAAUCAUUUCAAGUGCAUUCUGCAUCCUAUAAAAAUAAGUUUGAGAAAUUUAAGAAAAUUGUGUUUUCAUUAAGUUUUGCAUAUCUUUUGUUAUGCCAUGUAAAUUCCCUUCUUUUUUGUAUGAUUAAAGAAAGGUUAUGAUAAAAUGAUUAGUUCAUUUACAGUCACUUGUAGCAAUUACAUGAGAAUUUGAAUUUUGUCGUGUUUGGGUUUGUUCAUUCCUGUGAAUGAUGGUACAGUUAGGUGAGAUUUUUUUUUUUGUUAUGGUACCCAAACUCACCAUUUGGUCCUCUUUAAUCUUUGAGGGUUUCAAUAAAAAUUGUUCACUCA